AAUGACAUAAUUCAUUUAGCCGGAAGUGACUCUCGAAUCUUUAUUUGUAGAGGAGCGCUUGUCCCGUUAUUCGCUGUUAUUAUCACCAAUAAUUAUUUUGUUUUUUCGAGGCAAAUUAAUCGUUCGGGCGAAAUAGGCAAAGCCCCGUGUGGCAUUGCCUGACAAUCUGUAAAAAUGUCACAAACAUGGUGUGAAAGGACGGAGUGAGGUUACCAGUCGGUGGGCGAUUUUUUUUCUUCAUCAUUAGGGAGGAAUUUCUCUGUUUUAUCAAACGCAAGUAUGUCAGGAAAACACUUUAACGUGCACGAAGUGGGCUGUUGCAUCAAAUACUUCAUAUUUGGAUUUAAUAUUAUAUUUUGGCUGCUGGGAGUGGCGUUCCUGUCCGUGGCUCUGUGGGCCUGGAGUGAGAAGGGGGUUCUCUCCAACAUAUCCUCCAUCACAGAUCUGGGUGGGUUUGACCCAGUGUGGCUGUUUCUUGUGGUUGGAGGGGUGAUGUUCGUGCUCGGCUUCGCAGGAUGCAUCGGUGCUUUGAGGGAAAACUCCUUCCUUCUUAAGUUUUUUUCCGUUUUUCUGGGAAUCAUAUUUUUCCUGGAGUUGACAGCAGGAGUCUUGGCGUUUGUCUUUAAGGACUGGAUUAAAGACCAGCUCAAGUUCUUCAUCAACAACAAUAUUAGAGCGUACAGAGACGACAUUGACCUACAGAAUCUCAUUGAUUUCACGCAAGAUUAUUGGGAGUGUUGUGGAGCUUUUGGGCCUGAAGACUGGAAUCUGAAUAUUUACUUUAAUUGUACUGACACUAAUCUGAGCAGAGAGAAAUGUGGGGUUCCCUUUUCCUGCUGCACCAAGGACCCCGCUGAGGAUGUGAUCAACACACAGUGUGGAUAUGACAUUCGAGCGAAAGGUGAAAACGAACAGAAGACGUUUAUACAUACAAAAGGAUGUGUGCCACAGUUCGAGAAAUGGCUACAGGAGAAUCUAACCGUAGUUGCCGGAAUCUUCAUAGGAAUUGCACUUCUGCAGAUAUUUGGGAUCUGUCUGGCACAGAAUCUACUGAGUGACAUUGAGGCGGUCAGGGAGAGCUGUUUGUUUACCUGAAGCACUUGAGCCGUUCUACAGACAGAGCCUCCAUCUCUCUGUCACUCAGCAACAGGGUUGGCACAUUGUCAUCACAGUAUCCUAGCAACCAGUGAGGGAUUCCAUUCACAUACCUCCUUUAUUACAAUGUACAGCGACAUCUUCACGUUUCCAUGAUAAUGGUGUCCGAUGAUAGAUUUGUGUUUAAUCCUUCUUCAAAUAUCACACAACGAAAUCCAACAGUAUUAACAUGCUUAAUCUACAUACAACUAAGUUGUCUUCCUUAAGACUAUCCAUAACGUAACAACAGGCCACUUGCAUUCUGUCUGUGUUGUUUUUUAACUGUUGAUCUAUGUACAUAUGCCUCAGAUGAACAUAUUUGACACAACGAGCAUCGCAUUUCGCAAGUUAAAAUUAGUGCAACUAAAAAAAAAUAAUAAUAAUCUGAAAACCUGCAUUCGUUUCCAUUCCAGAUGAUUACACUACAAUUCAUCAGUUUGGCAGAUACAGCAAUGAUUCAGUCAUUGAAUUAUUUCCAUGUUUGUAGGCAAAUACAAAGAAGCUUUGAAUAUUUAUAGAUUAUUAGUUGACCUAAACGAAUGAGCGCACCUUUUCCUGCAUUUUCUGCACUGUUUGUGCGGGAGGAAAUCUGCAUAAUUGUGCAAAAUGGAUAUUUAAAUAUGAUAAAAUGUGUUUGUCAGUGCUAAGAGUACUAUAGUUCUAUCUGAAAACAUGAUCAAAUUAGGCAAAUUAUUUAUUACUUGCGGGGGAUGUGUAAAAUUUUGUGAAUGACUAGCAUCCUGUGGAAAUCUGCUCAAGCCCAAAGCCCGUGUUCUGCGACGGUCCGCGCACCGUCCGUGUCGGCGUACAACAGCGCAUGUGAGAAUGACUUGAGCACUUGAAAAAAAUAGAUAGUGCGUAUGCGCCAAAUGCUUCUUUCCGCGCUCACGACCAGAGGCUCGCACACUGUCCACGAUGGUGGUCUUUUCGCGCUCGACAAAAGAAGAAUACGUUGAAAGGCUCGCACGCUCAAUUGUGCGCAAGACGGAGCGGAACGCGGAAAAUUAAGUAUUCCAGGGCCUUCAGAUUUCUGGCAGAUUCUGUGCAGAACCCGUUUUAGUAAGGCAGUUGUAGCCUGCAGAUUGUGCUAAAUGAUGAGUUACUGUCUACUUAACACUACAUGAGUGUUCGACUCUCUCAAAUGUAUUAAAUUCAUCGAGACUAUUUGUUUAUUUUGUUCACAUUGUCAGAUUGUGUGUGUAUAUUACCUGUUUAAUGGAUUUUAUAAAAACAGUUGCUUUUGAAACGAA